ACUGUGAUAAUUGCAGCACCACACACACCUGCGACCACCACAACCCGACAAAAUGGCCAACCCCCGCAUUGAAGAGCUGCCCGACGAGCCCGAGAAGAAGAACGUCCAGAUUGAGGAGGAUGAGUCGAGCGACGAGUCUGAGGCCGACGAGGGCGAGGUCAACGCCCCCGCCGGCACCUCUGUCGCUGUCCACUCGCGCAACGAAAAGAAGGCUCGCAAGGCCAUUGCCAAGCUCGGAUUGAAGCACAUUGACGGCAUCACCCGCGUUACUCUUCGCCGACCCAAGAACAUCCUCUUCGUCAUCAGCCAGCCCGACGUAUACAAGUCCCCUUCCAGCAACACCUGGAUCAUCUUCGGUGAGGCCAAGAUCGAGGACUUGAACUCCCAGGCCCAGGCCUCCGCCGCCCAGCAGCUCGCCCAAGCAGAGGCCGCAACCCACGGUGACCACGCCGGUCACGACCACGGCGACGAGUCCACCAAGGGCAAGGCCAAAGCUGUCGAGGACAAGAAGGAGGACGAGGAGGAAGAGGAUGACGGUGAGGAGGUUGACGACUCUGGUCUUGAGGCCAAAGACAUCGAGCUCGUCAUGCAGCAGGCCAGCGUCUCGCGGAAGAAGGCUGUCAAAGCUCUCAAGGAGAACGACAACGAUAUCGUAAACUCCAUCAUGGCCCUGAGCAUAUAG